GGGGCACAGAAGCAACUCCCGGCUCUGGAGGGACUCACUCGGCGGCCAGGUGUCUGCGGUUGACCGGAAAGCGCGCGGUUGCUCGGCAAGCCCGAGGCGAGAUCAGCAGCACCUGUUGCCACGGACGGUUUGACCCGCGGCGUGCGGAGGAGGCAGAGGCGCUUCCACCAGACUUGGCUGCGCGGUCGCCCGCGUGCUUCCACGAGCGCGAAGGGAAACGCAGAAAACUCCGCGGAGUCCUUCCUUGCGCCGCAGGUGGGGCGGCUGCCUCGCUCCCCCCGCCCCCGCAUCGGGAUAUAAAGAGAAGCGAGGCUUCCCAACAGGCGUCUUUUCCUUCCCUCCAGAGAGAGAGCGCUCGCUCGCGCGCGCAACACUGCAAGGUACCGUAGCGCAAGCCGGGGAAGCGCCUGGUUUCCCUCGUGGCCGAAUUGCUCUGCGGCUCCCCACGGAUUAUUCUUCCUCCGCCGUUUCCCCCUCUGGAGCGGAGGAAGGCGCCCGGCGGGGAGCCCGCUCUGAUUGGCUGCCACUGACUGGCCCGGCGCAAAGCAGGCAGCGCGCUGCCUACCUAAGAAAGGCAGCUGGAGGGAAAGCGGGAGACGCCGGCUGCCUCGGAGAGGAGAGGAAGUAGCCCGUGAAGGAGCGUGAAGGUCUGCUCGGCGCGGGCUUUCCCAUCGCUUCGUCCCAGGACAGCAACUUCACUGAAGCGGCGGAGGGGCGCGCAAAGUGUUAGCAGGCAGCAGCCGCGGCGGCUGAGCGGCUUUGACUUCCCUCCGCGGCGCCGGAUAGUGAGUGAAAGACGCGGGACGGAGCGAAUGGUCGAGGCGGCGCGCUGCUUCCCCGCCGUGCGAGACGCCCGCCUCGCCUCUACCCGGAGGAGACGACGGCGCGAAGAGCCGCUGCGGAGCAGAUGCAGCCGACCACGUGAGCAGCGGGGCAGCUGGACCAUGGUGGGGGCGUCCGGGCUGCUCUCCCUGCAAUGGUGAGACCUCGCUCCUGCUGGGCUGCGCGCGCGCGCCGGCUUGCAAGCGUCCCAGUCUCCCCAGUUGCUUUAUUUCCGAUCGCUGGUUUAUUUUAUCUCUGGACCUCUUUUCUAAAAAGGCAAGUAAGCCAGAGUUGCCUCUCCACCCCUCUCAUGAGGACAGGUUCUGCCAGGCUGCCUAGGGAUGAUGAGGUAUUCUGCAUAUGUUCAGAGGCACUCUUGCGUCUACUAAUACCGGUUUGCAGGGCUGAAAACAAUCCCCUAUUGGCUUGCACGCUGCUGAUAGGUUUCCCGGAAGUUGUUACGGAGAAUUUAUCUUUCGAAGGCAUGUUCGUACACGCACUAUCGGGUGGUUCUGGGUCGCCUGCCUCCAGAUAGUGCCUGGAAGUAAUUUGCUAGAGUAGAGGACUCUUAAAAAGAAGGCAGCUUUCCUGUUGGAAAAUAUGACAAUACCUGGGAAGCAGCCCAACGUAAAUAAUCCGGAUCAGAAGAAAUAUAACCUUGGUCUGAAAGAGGGUGUCAAAAACAAGUUUCCUGCCCGUCCAAAUGCGUCCACCGAAUUAAUAGUUAGGUGAUGCUCGAGAGUUUAUACAUUGUGCUAGAGGACCACUUAUGGAUGCUGAACUCCCAGUUUUCCAUGCCUGUUGCCUGUGAUGGAUGUGAGCUCAACUGAGGGAUUUGGCGUGGCAGAGAAGAUUGCACUGCUCACCUUUAUUUCUGCUGUUAUUCUUAUGGCUAUCCUGGGAAAUCUUCUGGUGAUGGUGGCUGUAUGCAGAGACAGGCAACUCAGGAAAAUCAAGACCAAUUAUUUCAUAGUCUCGCUUGCCUUUGCUGACUUGCUGGUAUCAGUUCUGGUGAUGCCAUUUGGAGCCAUUGAGCUGGUUCAAGAUAACUGGAUUUAUGGAAGAACGUUCUGUUUAGUCCGCACUUCUCUUGAUGUCCUCCUCACAACAGCAUCAAUUUUCCACCUCUGCUGUAUCUCAUUAGACAGGUACUAUGCUAUCUGCUGCCAGCCGCUGGUUUAUAGGAAUAAGAUGACACCACUGCGCAUUGCUGUAAUGCUGGGCGGCUGCUGGGUAAUCCCAAUGUUUAUUUCUUUCCUCCCUAUAAUGCAAGGAUGGAAUAGCAUUGGCAUCAUGGACUUGGUAGAGAAAAAGCAAUUCAACAGUAUGUCCAACUCAACUUACUGCAUAUUUAUGGUCAACAAGCCCUAUGCUAUCACCUGCUCUGUGGUUGCCUUCUACAUUCCGUUUCUGCUAAUGGUGCUAGCCUACUACCGGAUAUACAUUACAGCCAGGGAGCAUGCUCAUCAAAUACAGAGUCUUCAGCGUGCAGGGGCCCCAACAGAUGGGAGGCCACACCACCCUGACCAGCACAGCACUCACCGUAUGAAGACUGAAACGAAAGCAGCCAAGACCCUCUGUAUAAUCAUGGGGUGUUUCUGCUUAUGCUGGGCACCAUUCUUCAUCACAAAUGUAAUAGACCCUUUCAUAGAUUAUGCAGUUCCUGCAAAGAUAUGGACUGCUUUUUUGUGGCUGGGAUACAUCAAUUCAGGAUUGAAUCCCUUCCUUUAUGCAUUCUUGAACAAGUCUUUCAGACGUGCCUUCCUCAUCAUCUUGUGUUGUGGUGAUGAACGAUACCGAAGGCCUUCCAUCUUAGGGCAAACAGUCCCUUGUUCCACUACCACUAUAAAUGGAUCUACACAUGUUCUAAGGUAUACAGUCUUGUACAAUGGGCAACCCCAGGAACAUGACAAGCUUCCGAUCCAUAAUGACCCAGAAUCCCAAGAGUCCUGCUUCUGACUAAGGUCCCAGAAUGUGAUCUGCCAUGCAGGACAGUUGCAAGAUGAUGGUGCACCAGGAACCUAUUGCCAGAUCAAUGUUGUCUGCAUUGCCAUAGUGCUCUCCUCUACUGAUUUGACAUCAGCAGCAACAGCAAGGAUGUGCUUACCAGCCGGAAGGAUUAGGCAGUCUGCAGAGAGGAGGAAGGAAGUCCUUUUUUUUGUUGCUGCGGAGUGAUGCCUGGAAAAGUCAUAGUGCUUUGCAUGUGAUGCGCAAACAGUAAGCAACAGAUGUGUCCGUACACAUCUCUCUGUCUCUGUCUCUCUUUUGUAUUGCUGUGUGGCAACAAUAUGAAUCUUCUCCCAGAAUUUGACUUGAAGUGCUAAUAUCAAACCACACUUUUGCUUAACCAAAAAGAAACAAGGAACUGAUACUAUUUUUCUCAGCUGUUUUUAAUUGUGAGCUUUUACUCAAGAAAUGUACUCCCCCAGCUGUGCAAGAAGAAAAGCGGCAGUCACGCUAUGCAUGUUUCCCCACCCUAGUAUGUCUCCUGGCCAAAAUAUGUUGAGGAGCAUGAAUAGCCCAAAGAGAACUACGUUGUGGCCUAGGGAUAUGGAACUGAUUGCGGUAUGAAGUCCUGCAGCUCCCACCAAACUGAUCUACUGUGCACAAUGUGAAGAUUAAACGAUGAACAGUCACAUAUUCCAUCACUAAGAUGUCUCCAUCUGCCCCCUCACACGUUGUCAGUGAGAUCUUCAUCUGGACAAACUUUGGGCAGUGCUGCUACGAAGGAAGAACGGGCCAGGAGGCAGAACCCUUAAGAAAGGAAUAACUCACCUGUAAUAGUUCACUAAGUGCCAUCUUGACGUGCGUGUACAUUCGACCACCCUUUAUAGCUGAAGAAUGUGUUUGGAAAACUGAUUGACUCAUUUACUUGCCCCAUUUUGCCAAAAGCUGGCUCUGUGGCUCAGGGACUGUGUGUGAUGGACCAGUAGCUACUUGUGUGUCUGAGGGUUUAUCAGUAUUUGCUGAUGACCCCAGGCAGUAACAGGAGCAGAGCCCUCAGUUAGGGAGUAGGCAGGCACCCAGGUGGGAAUCCAGGUACAUGAUGUAAGACAGGGAAGAAGGCACUAGAGGCAGUUGCAGUGCCAACAGCUGCUGCUUACGUGGGAAGGGUGGAACAAGUAAAUAUGCCUUCUGGAAUGGCCAUCUUGGUAGGAGACGGGUUGUUCAGAAUGAUGAGGAAGUCCCAGGAUUAAGGCUCUAUUGAGCUAGGCAAAGAUUCAUUGGCUCCCUAGGCUGGGACAGCUGCCUGAGUGCUGUGUCAGCUGGUGGGACCUGUAAUGCUGUUUAUGUGGUACCCACAACUCCUUCAGUAGAGAUGCUGCCUUGGUGGCAAGAUGUUGGAGCCUGCUGGAGGUCCUGGUUUGAGACCCCUAGCACCUUUGCAGGGUUUUUUUUUCUUUUCUAAUGCUUUAUUGGAACUUCAGAUAUUUUCCCUGUGCAACUGUCCCUCAAAAGGAUGUCAGCCAUGCUUAUGUCAGCAGUUUCCUGCAUGCAGGUGUUACUGCAUUCCUUAUUAGUGGUAGCUCUGCUUUUCUUUGCAUGUUAUGUUUAUCAGCUUUGCUGUAGACCGAAGGACUCUAGGAGUUUGAUUUUCACAUCAUGAGAAAUGUGCAGAUCCAAGCAUGGAUCUGUAUUCUCCUUCACUGAAGAUCUAACCUAAAGAUGACAACCUUGCUCUGGACAACAGGUAUUUUGUUACAUUGUAUAAUUAUGUACAGAUAUUUUUUUUAAGUGUAUAGGAGAAAAACAUUAUUUAUUAUUAUUUUAAGGGAAAUUAUUUUCCCAUGGACGUCUUCUGAGUUUAGGAGCUAAAACAUUUUCAUUAGUGUUUUGUUUUUGUUUUUUAUUUAAAAAACAGUUUUAUUUUUCUGUUGCCAUGUGACAGCUGUUCACUGUUUUAAAAGAAGGAGGAAAAGACAGCUUUUAUAACAAAACAAAUGCAAUUCAAAGGACAUUUCAUUGGUCUACUCUUGUUGAGAGGAUGAGUCUAUGGCUUUUUACCCUGGAGUUGCUCUGCAGACUCUUGUUGCUUGUGCAGCUGGCCCCAGACUAUGGGGAUUUAGAGUGCUAUUUUAGUGUGCCCAGUCUCUGCUGUACACAUGUCAAAGCUUACUUCAUUCUGCUGGGUAGGCUCUAACCAGCCUGUGCAACUAGCUUUACAGAUUAGCAUAACCCAGCUGGGGGUGGGGAGAAAUCCUUUGGAUAUUUUGCAUGCUCGCUGUUGUGUGCUGCCAUACCCAAAGGGAAGUGAGCAGGGGCAUGAGCUUUAUGAACCCUGGAGAAAACUAGACUGCAUGAUCUCACCAGUGUUGUAAAGCCAGAGGAGCUAAAAUGGGCCACCCGUGUGGCCCUGUGUUGAGACUGAGUGAUUCACUUCUUUCAUACUUGUCCUGCUCCGCAGAAACUAGAGAACCUGGAACAAUGACAUAUCAGCUGCCAAAUUUACAUUUUAACCUUCCUCUCCACACCCCACAAGGCCAGCCCAUGCUGUUUUGUUUUUGAGGGGAAGCUGCCAUUACCACCACAUUACACAUCAUCCUUUGCCUUCCCCUCCACCUCUAUGGGCAAUUCUGGAAGUUAGCCUUUAUUCUGCUGCCCUGCACCCUGUCUGUGUCAGAUGACAGCCAGCGGAUUGCUAUCAUCAGGAGAUCCAGUCAUUCUCACCUUUCAUUGAAAUAUUCUUCCUCCUCCCAACCACAUGGGAGCCACUUACUCACAAGAAGCUCCUGUGUGACUGGAGUAACAUUGAAAUGACCAAACCAUGUGAAGAGGCGAUACUUGCUUGCAUCUUUCUCGUGGAAUGAGCACCAUUCCAGGAGCAGGUAUAGAUUCCGGGAGAAAGACCUACCCAAGCAGCCCUGCUUGGGGAUAAUGCAGCUCUUACAUGGCUGCUUGCAGUGCUUUUUUCUGGGGGUACGCAUACCCCUAAACAUUUUGUGAAUCUAGGUUUGGCCUCAUUGAGGGGCAGUAUUUCAAUAUGAGUAGGAAAAUGAGAGUACCCCUAAACAUUUUUUUUAAGGAAAAAAAGCACUGGUUGGAUGAAUGUCUAAAAACUACCUAUAUGGUUUUUUAAAAUGUAUACUGUGUCCAAUAAUCUGAAAACCAGAUUUCAUUAAAAAUUGGGUGGGUCUGGGUUUUGUGCCACUAAGAGCUCAUAUGUAAGCUUGGCUGAAUUAUAUUAUUGUGAACAAGUGCAGACUCCUUUAUCUGACAUAUUUGGAGGACAUGAUUUCCUGUUGAAUAAAACAGUGUUUUAUUGACAAGUGUUGGUCAUUCUUCAGAACUCUUCCCAGCUAUAGCAACUGUUCAGGGUGAUCUGUUUCUUCUCAUGGUCCAUUUUCUAUAGGGCAUAAACUGGGGGGUGGGAAUCCCAUUGAAAAAGCAAAUAUGUUGGAUGCUGUGGUGAUAAACUGAAAUGCCAGCGCUGAUUUUUGCAGGAGUUUGUAACAAAGCCUCCUAGAUUUUAUGUCCCUACGUGUGAUCUGUGACAAACACCCUAACUCUUCAUUUCAUAGAAAUAACAGGCACCUGUUAAGAUACUGUACAGAGGCACUGACUGCACCAUUCC